AUGGACAUCUCUAAACCAGUUGGUUCAGAAAUCAAGUCUGUUGAUUUUGGUGUUUUGUCUGAUAAUGAAAUUAAAAGAUUGUCAGCUAAACAAAUCACCAAUCCAACAGUCUUUGAUAAUUUAGGUCAUCCAAUAAAUUCAGGUCUUUAUGAUUUAGCAUUGGGUGCUUUCUUAAGAAAUGUAUGUACUACUUGUGGAUUAGAUGAAAAGUUUUGUCCUGGUCAUAUGGGUCAUAUCGAAUUACCUGUUCCUGUUUAUAAUCCGUUAUUUUUCAAUCAAUUGUAUAUCUUAUUAAGAUCUUCAUGUUUAUAUUGUCAUAAAUUCAAAUUGAAUGAAUUGGAAGUUCAUAACUAUAAAUGUAAAUUACGUUUGAUUCAAUAUGGUUUAUUAUUAGAAUGUGUUGAGUUGGAUAAUAUGUUAGCUCAAACUGGUGCUAGUUCUACUGAUAAUGACGAUGUGGAAGAUGAUGAUAAUGAAGGCACUUCCAUUGACAAUAAAAGUAGAAAAGAAUUAAUGGAACGUCGUGAAUUAUUUGUUAGUACUGCCAUUGCUAAAGCUCUUAGUGAAGGAAGAACCAGUGAAAGAGGUGUCAUUACUGCUACUGUCGGUGAAGAAAGAAAAGCAACCAUUCAUGAUUUCUACAAAAGAUUGUUGAGCAGACCAAAGUGUGAUAACUGUGGGAUGUAUUCUCCAUCAUUCAGAAAGGAUGGUUUCACCAAGAUCUUUGAAAACUCUUUGACUGAUAAGCAAAUUACCAAUAAUCGUGUCAAAGGUUUACAACGUCCUGAUAUGAUUAAAAACACUAAGGGAUCUACUCAAACUUCUGCUACUGAAAAUAUUCCAAAUUUAAAGCAUAAAGCUGGUUCAAAGUAUGUCUUAUCUUCUGAAAUUAGAAAUAUUAUGAGAGCUGUUUUUGAAAACGAACAGCCAAUCAUUCAAAAAGUCUUCCAUUCAAGACCUUAUCAACGUGAAAUUGUUAGAGGAGAUAUCUUCUUCAGACAAGCAUUAUUAGUCCCACCAACUAGAUUUAGAUUACCUUCUAAAUUAGGUGAUGAAAUUCAUGAAAAUGCUCAAAAUGAAUUAUUAUCAAACAUUUUAAAGACAUCUCUUUUAAUCAGGGAAUUAAAUGAUCAAAUUUCAGGCAUGUACAAAGAUAAAAUAAGUGGAGAGAACAAAAAGAUCGUUUUCAACAGAUUAAUGAAUUCUUUUGUCACCAUCCAAAACGAUGUCAAUGCAUUUAUUGAUUCUACUAAGAAUCAAAACGCACCAGCAGGUAAAGCUCCAAACCCAGGUAUCAAGCAAGCAUUAGAAAAGAAGGAAGGUUUAUUCAGAAAACAUAUGAUGGGUAAGAGAGUCAAUUAUGCUGCUCGUUCGGUCAUUUCUCCAGAUCCUAAUUUGGAAACUAAUGAAAUUGGUGUUCCACCAGUUUUUGCAAAGAAAUUAACAUAUCCUGAACCAGUUACUCCUCAUAAUGCAGCUGAAUUAAGACAAGCAGUUACCAAUGGUCCAGAUAAAUGGCCAGGUGCAGUUCAAGUUCAAAAUGAAGAUGGAUCAUUAGUAUCCUUAAUCGGGAUGAGUUUGGAACAACGUAAAGCUAUUGCUAAUCAAUUAUUAACCCCUUCAAAUGGUGCUUCAGUUGUCAACAAGAAAGUUUAUAGACAUAUCAAGAACAAUGAUGUUGUGAUUAUGAAUCGUCAACCUACUUUGCAUAAAGCUUCUAUGAUGGGUCAUAAAGUUAGAGUUUUACCAGGUGAAAAGACGUUAAGAUUACAUUAUGCUAAUACUGGUGCUUAUAAUGCCGAUUUCGAUGGUGAUGAAAUGAAUAUGCAUUUCCCUCAAAAUGAAAAUGCAAAGGCUGAAGCUUUGAAUUUGGCUAAUACUGAUAAUCAAUAUUUAACUCCAACUUCAGGAUCUCCAUUAAGAGGGUUGAUUCAAGAUCAUAUUUCCGCUGGUGUUUGGUUAACUAGUAAAGACACUUUCUUCACCAGAGAGAUGUAUCAACAAUUGAUUUAUGGAUGUAUUAGACCAGAAGAUGGACAUACUACCAGAAGUAAAAUUAUCACUGUUCCUCCAACUAUCUUCAAGCCUGAACCAUUAUGGACCGGUAAGCAAGUCAUUACAACUAUGUUAUUAAAUAUCAAACCAGACGGUGUUCCAGGUGUUAACUUGAUUUCUAAGAAUAAGAUUAAGAGUGACUAUUGGGGUGAAGGAUCUACUGAAAACGAAGUCAUUUUCAAGAAUGGUGAAUUAUUAUGUGGUAUUUUGGAUAAAUCUCAAUAUGGUGCUUCUCAAUACGGUAUUGUGCAUUCCUUGCAUGAAGUCUAUGGUGCCACAGUUGCUGGUAAGGCUUUGAGUGUCUUGGGUAGAUUAUUCACUAAUUAUAUUAUGAUGACCGCAUUCACUUGUGGUAUGGAUGAUUUAAGAUUAACUGAAGAAGGUAAUGGAUGGAGAAAGGAAAUCUUGAAACAAUCAGUUGAUAUUGGUAGAGUUGCUGCUACUGAAGUUACAAACUUACCUACUGAUACAUCUAACCAUGACGGUGAAUUAUUAAGAAGAUUAGAAGAAAUUUUAAGAGAUGAUAAUAAAUUAGGUAUUUUGGAUGCAAUUACUCAAUCUAAAGUCAACACAAUUACUUCUCAAGUUGUUUCCAGGUGUGUUCCAGAUGGUACUAUGAAACGUUUCCCUUACAAUUCGAUGCAAGCGAUGGCACUUUCCGGUGCCAAGGGUUCCAAUGUUAAUGUUUCCCAAAUUAUGUGUCUUUUAGGUCAACAAGCUUUAGAAGGUAGAAGAGUCCCAGUUAUGGUUUCUGGUAAGACAUUACCAUCUUUCAAGCCAUUUGAAACUGAUGCCAGGGCCGGUGGUUAUAUUAAAGGUCGUUUCUAUUCUGGUAUUAGACCACAAGAAUAUUAUUUCCAUUGUAUGGCUGGUAGAGAAGGUUUAAUUGAUACUGCUGUCAAGACUUCCAGAUCUGGUUAUUUACAACGUUGUUUGACUAAACAAUUGGAAGGUGUUCAUGUCAGUUAUGAUAAUUCGGUUAGAGAUGGAGAUGGUACAUUAAUCCAAUUCUUAUAUGGUGGUGAUGCCGUUGAUACUACUAAACAAUCUCAUAUGCAUCAAUUCAAAUUCUGUGCUGAUAAUUAUGAUGCAUUAUUGGCUAAAUAUAACCCAGGUGAUUUAACUGAUAAUUUGGAUACUGAAGAAGCACUUUCAUAUGCUAAGAAGGUUCGUAAAUCACUUAAGAAACAAAAGGACUUACCUCAUUAUGAACAAACAAUCAAAUAUGAUCCAGUUAUGAAUGUAUUCAACCCAGCUAAAUACUUAGGUUCUGUAUCUGAAAAAUUCCAAGAGAAAUUAGACUCAUUCGUUUCUAAUAAUUCAUCAAUGUUUGCUAAAUCUAAAGAAGAAGCUAAAUCUACUGGUAAAUUGACUGAAAAGAAAUUCAGAGCCUUGAUGCAAUUGAAAUAUAUGAGAUCCUUAAUUAAUCCAGGUGAAUCAGUUGGUAUUAUUGCCUCUCAAUCUAUUGGUGAACCAUCUACCCAAAUGACAUUAAACACUUUCCAUUUCGCCGGUCACGGUGCUGCAAAUGUUACUUUAGGUAUUCCACGUAUGAGAGAAAUUAUUAUGACUGCUUCAGCUGCCAUUAAAACUCCACAAAUGACCUUACCUAUCUUAGAUGACGUUAACGAUGAACAAGCAGACGCUUUCUGUAAAUCAGUUGCUAGAGUUGUUAUGUCUGAAUUUAUUGAUAAAGUUAUGGUUACUGAAACUACUUCACAAUCUGAAGAUGGAUCCAGUUCACGUUCCUAUGUCAUUAACUUGAAAUUCUAUACCAAAGAAGAAUAUGAAACUGAAUAUGAUAUUGAACAAACUCAAUUGGAAAACGUCAUCACAUCUAAAUUAUUACAUGCUUUAGAAUCUCAAAUUGUUAAGGAAGUUAAGAAACAAAAGAAGCCAGACCAUUUACCAACUGUGGGUAAAUCCGCCGGUAAGACUGAUAUGGAAACUGUGCUGGGUAAGAUCACCGAAUUAACUGGUGACGAAGAUGCUGAAGAAGAAAAGAUGCGUGGUAAUGUCAAACAAGCUGUUUCUUACGAUGGACCAGACGAUGAAGAAAUUGAAACUAUGAAGAAGGCUGAAGAAACCAGUGAUGAAGAAAUGGAAGAUAGUGAUAGUGAAGAUAAAGAAAGUUCUGAUGAAUCAGACGAUGAAGAGGAUGUGGACAUGGAUGCUGCAGCAUCUACCAAGGAGUUAUCUAGAUCUGCCAAGGAUCGUCAAGCUGACGUGAUUGCUUCUCAUCACAUGGUUACUCAAUUCAACUUUGAUGAUGAUAAUGGUGAAUGGUGUGAAUUCAGAUUGGAAUUAAAUGGUAAUGAAACUCAAAAGUUAUUGAUGGUUAAUAUUGUGGAAGAUUUGUGUCGUAAAGUGGUUGUUCGUGAAAUUCCUCAUAUUGGGAGAUGUGUUCGUCCACAACCUGAUUCUAAGGGUAAUAGAACCUUAACCACUGAAGGUGUUAACUUCAAGGCUAUGUGGGAUCAAGAUGACUUCAUUAAUGUCAACAACAUCACAUCGAAUGACGUUGCUGCUGUUUUGAGAACCUAUGGGGUUGAGGCUGCUAGAAAUACAAUCGUGAACGAAAUUUAUCGCGUUUUCGAUACUUAUGGUAUCAGUGUUUCUUCACGUCAUUUAGAUUUGAUUGCCGAUAUGAUGACUAGAGAAGGUUCAUAUCUUGCUUUUAAUAGACAAGGUAUUGAUAGUGGUACUUCUGCAUUCAUGAAGAUGUCGUAUGAAACUACAUGUCAAUUCUUAACCAAAGCAGUUUUGGACGGUGAUCGUGAAGAAUUAGAAUCACCUUCUGCUCGUAUUGUAUUGGGUAAAUUAUCCAAUGUUGGUACUGGUUCUUUUGAUGAUUGGCUUUGGUAUGGAAUGACGGCUAGUCGACUAAACGCUAUGUUGGGUCUAUGGGAAUAUGGAAAGAAUGACGUUGUACUAAACAGUGAUGAGAUUGGUGACGAUUUCCCCUAUCAGAAUGUUAGUAUUGUAAGCACAGAAACAUCUCACGUGAACUAUCUACAGUUUUUAGAGAAUUUUAAUAAGCAUAAGCAUAAGAUGCCUGUGUGUCUGCAUAUUUUUGGUAGUAUUGAACAGGUGCUAUAUCUGACUGGAGAUGCUGUACCUCAGGAUAUGGACAGAAGGCACUCGACUGAUGGCUCGAUUGAAGAAGAGUUUGGUGAAGUACACGAUAGUAUUGAUGAAAGUGAUACACGAAAGCAAAUUAUCCACAUAACGACUUCAUUAAAAGAAUUGACUAUAAGCUCAUCACGACCUAAUACCAAAUGA